GCGCCCCAAAAUUAAACAUAAAUUCCGCUCGUGCACUGGAGCGUUGUGCAAUCCGAUGUGAAGAUAAUGCUGGGCCCGAGAAGACCAACAGUUCCGAUUCUAUAACGACUAAAAUAACCAGCCAGCAGCAGUAGAAGUCUCCAAGCCAACCAUGGAUCCCAACUCGAGCCCGUGGUCGUACGCCUACAACCGCAUCGUGCCCGCUAGCGCUGGCAGCUCCGGCGGAACAGCGGAGGACUUCCAGCAUCCACACCUGGCCACCAUCACGGCCGCGAGCAUUGCGAGCUUUAAUGCGGCGGCCGCCAGUGGCGGCAGCUUUGUGCCUCCGUCGCCGAUUGGCAGCUACAACCCAGUAUUCCAGCAAAUCUACCACCAUGCGGCGGCGGCCAGUGUCCAGCCGAAGCCCGCCCAUUAUGCCUCAUCGGCGGUGAGCACGCCGCACCGCCAGCUGCAGUUGCCCAGUUCGCUGGACAAGCAGCUCAGCACGUUCCAGAAUCAGGCGGCCGUGUCGGCGGCAGCGGCCGCUGUGGUUAACAAUGUGGCCUCGAAUUACUACGGGGAGAACUCGUCGUCGAGCGGAGCAUCGCCAUCGCCGACAACGGUGGCGCUGACGUCCACGUCGCUGACCUGGAAUACGCCGAACAUGAUAUCGAACACCUUCCUGGCCAUGCAACAGCAGCAGGCGCAGCAGCAGCAGCAACAGGCACAGCAGCAACAGCAACAGGCGCAGCAGCAACAGCAGCAGGCACAACAGCAACAGCUCAAUCUGGUGGCCGACAAAGUGCAGAUUAAGCAGGAAAAGCAAUUAAAAGCCUACAACGACUCCGUUUACCUGAUCCAACUGCAACAACAGCAGCACCAGCAACAACAAGCGGCGGCGCAGCAACAACAACAACAGCAGCAGCAGCUGCAGCAACAGCAACUGCAGCAGGAGAUCACCGAAACGGAGCCCGAACCGGACACCUAUUACACGAUCGAUGGCCGAAAGGUCAAGGUGACGCGCAAGGAUGGCCAGCCGUUUCGGGCGACGAUAGUCGAACAACAGGAGGCCAGUCCGGUAUCGCUGGCGGUGCCAGUUCCGGUGGGAUCCUAUCCGGUCCAGUAUGCCAGUCCGGCACUGAGCUCCGCCGAUGGAUCGCCGAUAACGAAUUUACACGCGGUGGACGUGGUCAGCACACCGCAGGCCCAGGUGAUCGUCUACAAGACGGCGUCACCGGUGCACAGGCGAGCGGAGGCAGGCGCUGGAUCGUCUGCAGCUGUCACGCCCACAACGGUAGCCUACUCAUCUGUGAUACAAAGCACCCUGCAGCAACAGCAGCAGCAGCAUCAGCAACAGCAGCAGCAGCAGAGCCUCUGCUGGACGAAGCUGGAGGACGACGGAGCGGGGUCGGAGGAUAUUAAGAAUGUGCUGCAGCUGCAGGUGAAACAGGAGCAGCGGCAACUGGACUUUGCCAGUGAGGCAUCCUCAGUGGACGCCGGCGGUGGUGGCGAGAAUCUAGUUUUCAACCUGCCGCCUGGGCUGGAAAUCAAGCAAACCUUCUAUCCCGCUGGCGUGGUGGUCGAUGGGGAGCAACUGCAGCUGCAGGAGCACAAUCCCAACCAAUCCCAGUCCUCCGGGCGGCGACAGCACGUGGUGGCCAACAUGAUCAUGUCGCCGGCGGCGGGCAACUUAGCGUCACAGAUUCAAGUAGUGCCAAAGGAGGAGGUGAAGCCGCCGCCGAAGCCGGCGAAGACUCCGCGCAAGCGCCAGCCGAAGAAAACGCUCAUCCCCAGCAGCAGCGACUACGGCAACGUGCGAAGUCCCCAGGAGCCACAGCACCAUCAGCUGCAGCAACAGCAGCAGCAACAACAGCAGCACAAUCAGCAACAGCAGCAGCAGAAUACGUACUACGACUUUAACAGCAAGUGGAACACUCCGCUCAAGACGGAGAACAAUGCGGCGUCCGUGUCGCCGGCGGCCACCAUCAAUAUACCCACAUAUCCGCAGCAGAGCCAACAGCAGCAGCACCAACAGCAACAGGCGCAGCAACAGCAGCAGCAACACUUACCGCAGCCCGCUCAUCUGCAAUCCUCGCAGGCCCAGUCGCAUUUGACCCAGUUGGCGCAAUACUAUCCAGCCUUCCCACAGCCCAUUGCCUCCCAGUACACGGCGUGCAUGCAGCAGCAGCAGCAGCAACAGCAGCAGGCGCAGCAGCAACAACAGCAGCAGCAGCAGCAACAGCAGGCGGCCUACACGCAGCAACAGCACCAGCAGGCGUACACGCAACAGCAGCAGCAGCAGGCGCAACAGCAACGCCAGGAGAAGAGCGAGGCCGCCCAGCAGCAGGAGGAGGAGGCGACGGCGGCUGCAGCGGCGGCGGCAGCAGCAGCGGCCAGCAAUAAGGUUAUAGUGCCGAACAUCGAGGAGGAGCUGGACUUUUUGGCCGAUGCCACGAGUGCACCCAAGCAGGGCUACGCAAAUUCGCUAUCGAGCAAUGGACGCGGCACUAACUCCUCCACGAACAACACCAACUUUGGGAUACGCAAUCCGAAUAAGACUCCGUCGCCGGAGCCGUCAAACUGUGCGCCCAAUUCGCAUGCCGCUAACAAUGGCCAUGGUCACCCGGUGGUCACGCCUGCAACGCCUUCGACCAGCGGUGGAGCCAGUGCACCCUCAUCGUACAGUCCUGCCGCUCCGAAACCCGUGAGCGUUGGCACGAUGAUCGGGGAGAAGAAGACGCAGUUCAUGGACAGCUAUCUGAAGUUUCUGCAGGGCGAGCGGGACGACGAUCCGCCGCCGGUGGUGAAGCCAUCGCGGAAGUUGAACUACCCACGAGCACCGUACAAGCGGAAAGGAAAAGGAUCGGGCAGCGGCACCGAUGAGCCCACCACCUCGCAGGCCACACAAGCGGCGGGGGAUGGUGGCCAGGUGGCGGUCGACGGGCUCACGGGACUCGUGGGCGAUGAUGGGCAUCGCAUCAAAAUACUCUCGCAGACGCAGAUACUCCCCAAGAAGCGUCCGCACGCCCAAAUGGUGGCUGCUGCAGCGGCGGCGGAAUCAGCACCGUCGUCUGUGAUCCAGCAGCCCGGGGAUCAGACCUCCUUCCGGCCAUAUGCGCAGCAGGCGCAACAGCAGCAGCAGCAGCAGGCACAGCAGCAACAGCAACAGGCGCAGGCGCAACAGCAAUCGAUGAGCGGACAACACUUUGUGCAGCAGCAUUGCGCCCAACUGACAGCUGGAGCGGGUCAAGACCCAUUAAGCGUGCCGCCGCGACGGGAGCAAUGCUCCCGCAAGGCCAAGCAGAGCAGCAUGCACGCCAUGCUCAUGAACUCGAGCGCCGUUGCCGGCGAUAGUGGAGUCAUCGGCGAGCCGGAGGAGUUCACCGACUCGGACACGGAUCCCGUGUGGACUCCGCAGGAGGAAGACAGCGAUGAUGGCAAGGGCUAUGGCAAGCGAAAGCUGGCACGACGGUCAAAGGGCACACCGCGCAAGAACACCUACGAUCAUGGUUCGGAUCUCCAGCAUCAGUCGCAACAACAACAGCAGCAGCAACAUCACCAGCAACUGCAGCAGAUGCAGGUCAACCAGCAACAUCAUCAGCAGCAACAACAGCAACAGGUGCAACAACUUGCCGGUGGCGGCGAGUCCAACUAUAAUUCACAGCAGAACAUGUCCGGAGUGUCGGAUGUGGGCUAUGCCAGUGCAUCGUCGGGCACAGCGGCCAACUCGGAGAACUUUAAAACGGGCGACUUUAUAGUUUUGCGUUCGGAUCUGGUGAACGAUUGGCCCACCAUUUGGCAGGUAGACUCCAAGUGCAUUUUGCAAAAGUACGAGCCCUUCCGUCAAAACGGAAAAACCUUCUAUCGUAACAUGUCAAAGUACGCGUCAUGGAAUCUCGAAACGAAGAAACUCUACCUCAAGGCACCGGUGCGCAUUCAGCUGCAUUCCCACACGGAGACAAUUGUCGAGUUCAUGCGAUCCGAGCUGCUGGCCGACGACACGGAGCAAUUUAUUGAGAAGAUCAUGGAGGACUACCUGUCCUACAGGGACAAUUUUGAGAUCUACAUUCAGACCAUGAUUUCACAAGCUCUCGAUCCGAGCUUCUUCUCGGAAAUAACGCGGGAAAAAGACGACUACUUUUUGGGAAGCGUGCGCGUGGUGGACACCAUCAUGGAAAACUGCAAGCGCAAGCUGCUGGCCAUAACUCCUUGGACGCGGAGUACCAUCUCCUCCAUUGAGACUUGGCCCAAGUGCCAUGUGUUCUCCGAGUGGGAACAAAACAAUCUUACCCAGAAGAAUUGCGCCGGCUGCCAUCAGCCAGGCAUCGCUGUGCGUUUCCUACUCUUCGGAGAGCCGUAUAAUCCUAAUACCAUGCAGACCAUACCCGUGGAUCCGCGUAUAGUAUACGAAAAGGACAUUGUUUUAUGUCGCAUUUGUGCCGCUCGUGCUGAUCUCUUCCACAAGAUUGCACACGAAAAAUUCAAUCUGUUCAUCAAUUGCUCGCAACGAGUGACGGAGCAGCAGCAACAGUUCCCAGGGAAGACCUCCACUGAAAUACUAAACGAUCUGCUGGCCGAACACAAUUGGAUCGAUGAGCUCUUCCGCAACAUGCGCAACUGCUGGGCUGAAGUGGAGAGUUUAGAGCGACAGAAGCGUUUCCGGGAGGUCAUGCAGUAGAAGCCAACAGCAUCGAGAGCCAAUAUCAAGAAGGACUCCUCAUUACGUAUCCAAGUGCUGGACAUUAGGACAUAAUAACACGCCAAGCCCACGUAUUGCUGCAAUAAACUCAAUGAGUUGUUAUUUUAUUAUACGAGAUGACACGCAUAUGCUUAGUUAAAGUGCAAGACACAUAUUGUACUAUGUAGGCCAUAAUAUUAAGAUAGAGUCUAUUCUUGGACUACGCAAAAUGCAUGCCAUGUAAAUAGCUAUACAUGUAGCUAUAGCCGCGCAUUAUAUCAUAUAUAUAUAUACAUAUAUGGAACUUGAAGUACUAAAUAAUAGAGUAGAAUCACACUCAUUAGUUUGAAAGAAAAUAAUAUUUCUGUUUCGUUGAAAUUGCUUUUAACAUUCUUUUCGCAAAAGUUCAAAUUAAGUUUUAUUUUGUAGGAUCUUUUAAGAGGAUCAUUCUCCCGCAAACAAUCAAAUUGUGUUUCGCUACCGAAUGUGGUUAGGGAACCGACGUAAUCAUCACUAUAGUUAAGGAGUUGUACAUAUUUAGUUUUAACCUUAGUUACAAACAUCCAAUCGCAGACAUUUUAGUUGACAACCUUUGUUAUGCGUAUUUAAACUUAAGUUGUAAGUUUGUAGAAUCAUAGAGUUCCCUGAAUAAAUAUGAAAAAAAAAUCACAUCUGUAUACUGGCAAA